CAGAUUCCACAACAGAAUUACUCCCCUCGCCUUUUUGAUCAUUGGCGGUGCCAGGUUGAAAGUGAUCAAAUCCUUCUGCGAGAAAUUUCCACAAGCCACGAAGCUGAAAUGGAGCCCAAGUACUACGUGGACGGCAGCAGGACUCCCACUCCAAACAGCGUGCCGCAUAGGUGAUCUACUUGCCAGUGGAAUCAUUCCGUUCUUAGCUGAGACCAGCCCUGAGGCAGUAAAUGUUGACUCAAUCGUUAGUCUUUGUCGCAAUAAUCGACCAUUGGUGGACAUCGUGGCGCUGGUGGAUGCCGUCGUUCAAUGCGGCGGCCUCCAAUCCCAGCAAGACCAGGAACAUGUACUGAACAGUGCCUUUGAAUCUUCAAACUAUCAAUACACUCGACAAGAUAUAUUGAAUUACCUCAUUCCAAACUGCCCAAAGCUUUCAAAAUUCCCGGUCUAUGGGUUAUCCUACCACUUUGCAAGCCACUUGGACCAUUGCAGGACCAUGGCGAGACUGUUGCCACAACUUGUCAAGUUGGACGUCAAUAUCAAUUGGAAACUACAUGGAGAAUUCUCUUGGCAGACUUUCACAGAAGCAUUGCAGGGUUCUCGUCAGUUGGAAACCCUUUCGCUGGAGCUUUGGAGCCGCAAGUGCCAAGAAUCGCAUUAUACCCUCUCACGGCCCGUUCCCCUCUGGGUUUGGAAUCCUCUGUAUGCAGCCAUUGGCUCCAUUCCAACCCUCAAGACAUUGUACCUUGCAACAGUGCUUGGCAUGGCUGAUUCUGUCGGGGGCAUCGCAAUCACAAAGACUGUGGUAAAAGUCUUGGGGCGAAACAGGUUGGAGAGUUUGACUUUGAACGGCUUUCGUGCUGACCUCGACAUCAUAUUUGUCGCAUUGAAGCAGUCUGUGCAUCUUCAACAUAUUGAUAUCAAGGGUUGUGUGGAACAGAAUCACCGUCAGGAGAUUUUGAACCAUGUAAAGGCAGAGAAUGCAACAUUGACUCGCAUUGGAGGCGACCUGCUGGGUCCAACGAAAUUGACUCAACUUGCACCCGGCGUGGACCGGAUGGAACCCAUUGAAGAAGUUGGCGUACAAAUCAACUACUAUUGUGGUCUCAACAAACUUGGCCGGGGCUUGGCUCGGGAUGCGGCAACCUCUGCAGAAGUUCUCGUCGGCCUAUUGAAGGAGGCAAUGCGAGGAGAUUGGAACGCAUCAUGGGCUCCAAAGAAAUUGGGCAAUGUCUUUGGUCUCUUGCGUGAAAACCCAAGCAUCUGGUGCAAAAACUAGUUCUGUUUCUGCAACACGCAGGAGUCGAGUCUGGGAUUUCUUUUCGGGUCUUCUGCAAGUUUGGAACUGUAUGGCUUCGCUAGCUAGCUACCGUAACUGUCGUGCUAUAGGAAUACUGCUAAGAUUCUC